AUGCUGCCCCGGCUGGCGCCGCGGCGCCUGGCGCCCCGCCCGCGGGCUCUCGCGGCAGCUGCGGUCCAUCAGACCCCUGGCCGACUCCGAGCCCCGCCCGCCUUCAAGAUUGCGGUCUACCCUGGCGACGGGAUCGGCAAGGAGGUCACGGCGGUGACCUUCCGGCUGCUGGACCAGCUGCAGAGGCGGCACGGCUUUGCGCUGGACUGCACCUGGUACGACUGGGGCUGCGACUAUUACGACAAGCACGGAAAGGUCGUGCCAGACGACUUCCUGGACGUGCUGCGGCCCUACGACGCCAUCUUCCUGGGGGCCGUGGGCUUCCCAUCGCGCGUGCCAGACAACGAGACGCUGCAGCCCCUCAUCGAUAUGCGCCAGGGCUUCGACCAGUAUGUCUGCCUACGGCCCGCCAGAACGUUCCCUGGCGUGAGAACUCCGCUGGCCGCUCAGCCCGAGCUGGACCUUUUUGUCAUCAGGGAGAACAGCGAGGGGGAGUACGUGUCCAGCGGGGGCCGGUUCAAGCGCGGCACCCCGGACGAGGUAGCGACCCAGACCGCCGUGCAUACGCGCAAGGGCGUGGAGCGCAUCGCGGGGCAGAGACGGAUCACAUCUCAUUCUUGCACUGGCGGCUUUGCUACCCCGGGCAUCCUGCGCUUCGCGCUCCAGAGCGCACGCGAGCGGCCACGGAAGAGGCUCUGCAUGGCCACGAAGUCGAACGCCCAGAAGUACAGCAUGGUCAUGUGGGACGACAUACUCGACGACUGCGCCCAGAGUUCGCCGACGUGGCCGUGACCCGGGAGCACAUCGACGCGCUGGCGAUGAAGCUCGUGCUCGCUCCCCAGGA